AUGUCCGACAAAGAACAAGUUAGUCACAACACUGAUGGUCAUGAACCAGUAUAUGAUCCUGAGAACGUAGGUGCAGAUGCUGAGUUGGGUAAGAUCUAUACCACUGGUGACAAUAAUCAAUAUUUGUACAUUGGACGUCAGAAAUUUUUGAAAAGUGAUUUAUAUGAAGCUUUCGGUGGUACUUUAAACCCAGGUUUGGCUCCCCCAUCAUUGCACAAAUUUGCUAAUCCUGCUCCAUUGGGUUUGUCUGCUUUCGCUUUGACUACUUUUGUCUUGUCGAUGUUUAACGCUCGUGCAAUGGGCAUUUUGGUGCCCAAUGUCGUCGUCGGAUUGGCAAUGUUUUACGGUGGGCUUGUGCAAUUGAUAGCAGGGAUCUGGGAAAUUGCUUUGGAAAAUACUUUUGGUGGUACUGCGUUGUGCUCCUACGGUGGGUUUUGGUUAAGUUUUGCUGCAAUUCAUAUUCCUUGGUUUGGUAUUCUAACCGCUUACGAAGAUCACGAGGAAGAUUUGAGCAAUGCAUUAGGUUUUUUCUUACUAGGGUGGUGUAUCUUCACUUUCCUACUGACUAUCUGUACUUUGAAAUCUACGGUGAUGUUCUUUGCCCUGUUUUUCUUACUGGCGAUCACUUUCCUACUGUUAUCGAUUGGAGAGUUUACUGGUAGAGUCGGUGUCAUUAGAGCAGGUGGUGUUUUAGGUGUGAUUGUUGCGUUCAUUGCCUGGUACAAUGCAUACGCAGGUGUUGCCACCAGACAGAACUCCUACAUCCUAGCCCGUCCAUAUGCACUACCAACCAACGAAAGAACUAUCUUUUAA